AGCAGAAUGUAAGCCCCUAGGGUUUAGUUUUAAAUUUGUUAAACAAUUUGUAAAAGUGUUUAUCAAAUUAUUCAAAAUAGGUAUAAAGAUUUUAAGCCGUCUAAGGCUGAACAAUUUUUGACGGCGGCUGGGUUUAGUCGGCUCGAAGCCGAACCGGCGCAGGUCUCUGAAAACGUUGCAAAAAAAUGAGCGGCGCUCGAAGAAUAAAUUGCAUUUUUUUAUCGCAGAAAUUUGGAAAUUUUGUUGAAAAAUUUACAAUAAUUGUGCCUAAAACCUAAAUUUAAUAACUUUUAAAUACUUUAUAAACAAUAAAAACCAACCACUGAGUAAAAUGUAAUUAAAUAAUUGCAAAAAGUUUAGUAUAAAAGUUAAAAUUAUUAAAAAGAAAAUUUGCUGGAAAAGUACACACGUCGUUUUCGCUUUCUUCAAUGGUGGCUUUUGAAAAAAAUAUGAAAAAGAUUUUAAGAAGUGGGUAAAGAUGCAUUUUUGAAAAUAUAAUAAAUCAAGAAGUGAUUUAAUUACAAAUACAUGAACUAUUAAGACAGUUUUAAAUUAAAUAAUUGUUUAUUGAAGGGAAAAUUUGUUUUAUUUUGUAAAAAGAAAAUAUUUUUUUUGUUAAAAAAAUUGUGUUAAAAGGGAAUUUGUAAAAUGAGAGGGUGCUCUGACCUCACGAAUCAAAAUCAAAAAGAGAAAACGUGUAAUUAAAAAAAAAGAAAAAAAAAACAAAAAAUUAAAAAAAACGAUUGUUUGCUUUUACGCGAGGAAGGCGGAAAGGAAACAAUGUUUAUGUUUUGAUUAGCAGUAGUGGUCCAUCAAAUAAUCAACCUACGUGUAAACAUUACAACAAAUUUAAAUAAAGCAAAUAAAUAUUAUGACAGAGGCAAAACGUGUAACUCUAACUACUAUAAGUAGUACUGUUAGCUCCUCCUUAAUGACGGCUGGCUCGUCUAAUCCUUUACGUUUCGGUGCAGAUUUUUUGGCUCAAGCAGAUAAGUCUGCGACAACAGGAAAUGCUUCUGCAACUACUGCUACGAAGGGUUCAACAAAAACGAUACGUUUAAAUGUGGAACUCUUUCAAACAGACUCGAAUAAAUAUCCAGAAUUUAAUUAUGCAAAAUUAUUACAUUUGGAGAAGAAAAAACUUAAAAAGUUAAAGCAAAAAUCAAAUGGAUUCUCCGAUCCUUUUGAAGAUAACGAUGAUGAUGUAGCACGUAUUGCUAAAGAACUUGAAAAGAAAUACGGCAAUGCGUAUAGUAGCGGACGUGGUAAAAACAAAAGAGAUGAUGUCGACAUUGGAAUGGGUUAUGAUGAAUCUGAUUCAUUUAUUGACAACACAGAAGCGUAUGAUGAAUUGAUACCCGAUGAAGUUGAAACUAUUGAGGGCGGUUUUUAUAUCAACUGCGGAGCUUUGGAGUUUAAAAAGUUACACACCGAGUCGUAUACUACUAAAACUGAUGAAAUUAUCAAAAUGCCCAAUCGUCCAAAAAAACGCGUGAUUUCUUCAUCUUCAGAAGAUUCCUCAUCUUCGGGUGAUGAUGAGGAAGAUGAUGACGAUGAUUCGGAAGAGGACGAUGAUGAUGAUGAAACAUCCGUGGAAACUAGUAAAUCGAAAUCAUCUGCAAGCACCAAUGAUAAGAAAUCAAAAUCUUCAUCAUCAUCUGUAACAAAAUCUAAUCCUGCCAAAAAGAAAGCCAUUGCUCCUGAGCCUGGAGGAGCGACUAAGAAAAACAAGGAAAAGAAUCUGACCAGUGGUUUAUCAUGUUCGGCCUCAAGUUCUCCUAAAAUUUCAGCCGAAGAAAGGGCAUCUGAUGUUGAACGGAAUAGCAAGAAAGUGGAAAAAACGACCACCGUAAAAGAUAUGCUUAAGGCCCAAAGGGAUAACUUCUUAAAAUCACAAUCAAAUGGCGAAGGCAAGGGUAAGUCAUCCGCCGAAGACGAGGAUGACGAUGAUUCUUCUAGUGAUGAUUCCGAAGACGACGAUGACGAAGAAGAUGAAUCAGAUGAUAACAGCGAUUCAAAUCAAAGUGAAACUCAAACAUCAAAGGAUAAAAAGCAGGCAUCUGGAGCAGAAGAUCAAGGCAAUGAAAAAUUACGAACAAGUGAUACUAACCUACCCGAAAUGGAGGCGGAUGUAUUAACUAGUAUAAUUGAGUUUAGAGAUGGCGUUAAAUCUCAAAACUUAAUUGGAAAAAAGUUUCAAUUUGAUGAUAAAUUAUCGGAAAACUUUCUUAAAAUUGACGACUCUCUGUUGUGUAUGGAUAAGGCUCAACGUAAUAUGGUUUUUGCUCAUUUAGAAUUUCAUCUCUCCCUACCGAGAUACUAUUUUCUAAGAAAAGCCAAACAAUUGCGCAUUAAAGAAGAAAAACUAAAAAGCAAACGUUCAUUUAAUAAGCUACAUAAGGCCAUAACCGAAACAAUGCCAGCAGUUAUAGCCAGUUAUGAAGCAGAGCUCAAAAGAUAUUCGGAAUUACUUGCAUCCAACUCAAACACAGACCAACCUCCCAAAAUGCCAAAGAAAAAAUUCCCUUGGAAUACAAAUUUAAGAAAUCUUUUGUACGAUGUCUAUCAAGUACGUUGGACUACAUAUCCCGUCUUAGGUACACGCAAAGAAACUCUCGAAGAAUUCAUUACAAACUAUAUGCGGGAAAAAGUUGUAGAGAUUUGGCCUAAAGGUUGGAUGCGCUAUGAAGAACUGCAAAAGGAAAUCGAAAAACGUAAAACGGCAGCUAAAAAGGCUAAAGAGAAGAAGAAGGUUGCAUCCGCCACGACCUCAGGACAAUCUUCACCCAAUCCCAAUGUGGCAAACAAUCCAUUGACAUCAAUACAAAUAACAACCGUUUCUUCACUAGCUUCAUCAUCCACGAACCCCGGUCUUCCCAAUGCAACAGCAACGACAACCACUACAGCACAACCAGCAUCUUAUUUGAAACAAUUUGAUGAAUUAGCUUCACGUUCUAAUGCCAAUUCGGAUACGGAUUCUGUAGCCAGCAGUAGUACAUCAUCAAAUUUGAAGCGUAAAAAUACAGAUGCUAACCGCAAUAAGCCAACUAAACCUAAAGCAGCGAAACUGAAUGGCGACCAAACAAAAUCAAUCAAUAAUAGUAAUAACAAUAGAAAUAUCCCUCCCACCAUAUCAGUUGACCUAGUAUCGCCCAACAAAAGAACUGAUCACAGCAUUAAUCAUAUAAUGUCACCAACCGAAGGUUCUGCAACAACUUCAACGGCUUCAUCAAUAUUUAGUUCCACUACAGCGGCUGUAUCGCAGCCUUCAAAACAUUCCACUAAUACACAUGUCAUUGAUCUCGAUAACUAUAAAAGUGUCGGUGAUAUAAUACAAACAUCGAAACAACUACAGGCAGCAGCUGCAUCAUCAUCAUCAUCAUCAUCACUUAACACAAAUAGUAGUACAUCAGCGAAUACGGUACCUCGACGUGAAAGUAGUGGUGAUUCAGAAAUUGAAAUUGUUGGUGUUUAUCCGGCCAAACAGCAAAAUAAAAAACUAAAAACUAAUAAUCGCAGUGUAACGCCAAAUUCCAAUUAUAAUAAUACGGAAAAAACGUCACCAACAAGUUCCCACCAUUCACAUCAUCACAAUAACAACAACAGCAGCAGCAAUAAUAAUCGCAAAAAGGGAAACAAUACUGGUUUUACAAAUCUACCCGGAAUGGAUGUAAAUAAAAUGGUUAAUACUCUUAUGGAAUUGGGAGAUGAAUUACAAAUAAAACCAAUUUCAACAUCGACUGCCCAACAGCAGACCUCCUCUUCGACCCAAAAGUCACAGGGUUCCGGAGCGCAUCAAUGACCCACGACACCAUUGUUAAAUCUAGCAACGAGUAGUUUUUUAACAGCUAU